AUGUCUUCUGCCGAGGACUCGUUGUACAAGCCCUACGAUCAGUUUGUUCUCUUCGGAGACUCGAUCACCCAGAUGUCUUCUAGCCAAGACCAGGGAUUUGGAUUCCAGCCUGCGCUACAGGAUGCCUACUCGAGAGCGCUAGAUGUAAUAAACCGCGGAUUCGGUGGGUAUACGACUGCACAUGCAGUCAAGGUGUUUCCGAAGUUCUUCCCGACUCCAGAAAUAGCAACUGUCCGGUUCCUGACAAUCUGGUUCGGGGCCAACGACGCAUCGCUCCUCGAAUCCAACAACAAUCAGCACGUCCCUUUGGACGUUUACAAGAAGAAUCUCGCGGCAAUUGUCCAACACCCCGCAACGGUUGCCCAGCAGCCGCGCAUUCUAAUCAUUACUCCAACUCCGAUUAAUGAGUACCAACUUCAAAGCUUUGACGAGGGCAAGGGUAAUGUCCACCCUACGCGGACGAACAGUCGCACGCGCGAGUACGCGCAAGCCGCGCGUGAGGUCGCCGAGUCUCUGAAUGUCCCGGUUGUUGAUCUUUGGACGGCGUUUAUGACGGCCGUAGGUUGGAAGGAAGGGGAUCCGCUUAUCGGGUCGAGAGAGGUGUCGAAUGACAAGAAGUUCGCGAGCUUAUUCACGGAUGGGCUGCAUCUCACGGCAGAGGGCUAUCGGAUUGUAUACGACAAGGUUGUGGAGGCGAUUGAGACGACUUGGCCGGACCAGGCACCGGGGAAGCUUCCCUACGUGUUCCCAGCAUGGAUGGAAGCCCCGAAAUGA